AUGUCCCCUCCCACUCUCCCGCUCUUUCUCACCCCGUGUCUCCCCUCCUCUUUCCCCGACCCCGCCCUUCACUCGCCCCCGUCUUCCCACUCCCCUCCUUCCCCAGGGCACCGCGCCCCCACCGAACCUUAUUCUCCCCCGCCCCAUCUGCCCAGAUCUCGCCCCAGCCCCCCGUCGCGACUCCACCGCACUUCCUUCCCUAAUAGGCCCGGCCCCGGCCCCCUUCCACGCGCCGGCCAGGCGGUACCCGCCGACCCAAUCUGGCCGGGCCCAGCGCCAACCCUCUGCAUAUCCGCGAUUGGCGCCCGUCAGCGCCACCGUGACCUAGGAACAAGUACCGAACCACGGUCACCGUGCAUCAUUCUCCCAAAUCCGGCGACUCCCUUCGUCUCCGUCCGUUCUCGCCCUCAAAUAAAGACUCCAUUAUACCCGCGCCUUUUGAAAAUACACGAGCGCCCGCCCGCAGCUGUCACGUCCCCGCUGCACGCACGCCUUCCCGCUUUCAUCAUGGUCUUUACCCCCGGCUGUCAACGCUUCGUCCGAGCCGAGCCCGCGCCAGACCCUCCCACACCCGCGCGCCCGGCCGCGGCCCUAAUAAGCACAACGCACGCGCGCGCGCCAUCCGUCAUCCUAAUAGCCUGGCAGGCAGUGCACACGAAUGCAGCCCGCACCGCGCAACGCGACGCUCUUCCGCGCUUACGACCGCGACUACAACCGCUACCCGCAUGGAACCACCGCGCCACCCGCCCUAGCCUUUAA